CAUGCCCUUCCACCAGAGGACCGUAGAGCCCGCGCGGCUGCGCCGGCCCGAGGCGGCCGGGGCCGCGGGCGCGCCGCUCUUCCGCUCACUGGAGCAGGUCAGCUCGCACGCCCUGGUCCGCCUGCUGGCGCAGCUCGCCGACCUGUCGCGCUGCGCGGGGGACAUCUUCGGCGAGCUCGAGGGCCAGGCGGCCACGCUGGGCCGCCGCACCGCCGCGCUGCACCGCCGCCUCGACGCCCUGCACGCUGCCGCCGCGCGCCUCGACCACCGCCGAGUGAAAAUCCAAUGAACCUUUUAUGAAGGUGCUUGUCAGAGUUCUAAAGACAGAGUGGAGGCUUCACUGCACUUCUAAGAACAGGAUUUGCAGUUCCAAAGCAAGAGGAUGGUGCUGAUGGCAGUCUUGACUUCACACAUUACCUCUGUGGUCUGCACGUCUCAA